AUGAACAAGUAUCCUUUUCUAAGAAUCGAAGAUUUGAUUGACCAGCUUCAAGGUGAAGCGAUAUUUUCCAAAAUCGAUUUACGAUCAAGAUACCACCAAUUAAAGAUCAAGAUUGUGUUUUUGUGGCAUGUCAUUACAACUCGAAGAAUAGAGGUUGAUUCAAGCGAAGUAGAGGCAAUUCUGAAUUGGACGAGGCCAAUGAUUGUUGGGAAAAUUCAUAGUUUUAUAGGUUUAGACGGAUAUUAUAGAAGGUCCAUCGAAGAGUUCUCAAAUAUAUCUGGACCAUUAACACAUUUAACUCAUAAGGGUGUAAAAUUUGAAUGGAUCAAAAAGUGCGAGCGUGGUUUUGAAGAGUUGAAGUAA